GGCGCCCCUGUACCGUCUCGAGGCGGCCCGGUGAGCUUGUUUUUCCGCAGAGCAGCCAUGAGCAAGCGGAACCAGGUGUCGUACGUGCGGCCAGCCGAGCCGGCGUUCUUGGCUCGCUUCAAGGAACGGGUCGGCUACAGGGAAGGGCCCACCCUGGAGACCAAGAGAAUCCAGCUUCAGCUCCCAGAUGAAGAUGGUGAUCACAGUGACAAAGAAGAUGAACAGCCUCAAGUGGUGGUUUUAAAAAAGGGAGACCUGUCAGCUGAAGAAGUCAUGAAAAUUAAAGCAGAAAUAAAGGCUGCCAAAGCUGAUGAAGAACCAGCUUCAGCUGAUGGAAGAAUCCUGUAUCGAAAACCAGUCAAGCGUUCCUCAGAUGAAAAAUACUCAGGUUUAACAGCAAGCUCAAAAAAGAAGAAGACAAAUGAAAAUGAAAUAGAUAAGCAAGACUCAGUUAAAAAGAACUCACAAAAGCAAAUCAAAAACAGUAGCCUCCUUUCUUUCGACAAUGAAGAUGAGAAUGAAUAAGUGUAAACAUUUUGGACUUAGUCUUCUUUAAGAGUUUAUGGGGUGUUUUUUAAAAUAACAUUUUUUCCUACUAUAAAAAUAAUACAAGUUCAUUUUAGAAAAUACAGAAAAAAAUUUAGUAAGAUAAAAACUAUGUCUAUCCAUCAAUACGCCUUUGACUUGAAAUGCUAACUCUGUAGACGUUAACUGUUAACAUUUUGUUAUUUCCCAUGUGCAGGGUGUGUAUGUAUGUAAAUUAUAUUUUUUUUAAACAAAAUUGAGAUUGUAUUGUGUAUGUUCUCUCUCCUUCUCAUUUGGCAUUAUAUUGUGAGCAUUUUUCCAGGUCAGUAAAAUUCAAAAACCUAACAAUAGCUACAGAGGAUUUCGUAAUUAAACAGAUCCCCUGUUGUAUCUUCCUCGUUAGCAGAACACCACUUUGGAUGGGAGAGACAACAAUGUGCCUAGUUAUGAAUACUUUCCCAGCUCCUGCUAAGGGUAGCCAUCUGACAGCUCUGACAAGUUAAGAGAUACAAGUGGGUCUUAUACAAGUGAGGAUUUAAUGUAUAAUGUGGUGACUAUGUUGAUAACACUGUAAAAAAAAAAAAAAAAGAUAUAAGUGGAAGUCUGCUUAAUAAAGCAACUAGGUUUUUUGAUACAAAAGGACAGAUUUGGCAAGAAUGAGCCUUUGUCCUUCUCUCUCCAUCCUGCCUGGAGCACAGAGAGGAAACCUAAGACUACUGGAGCCAUUUUUAGGCAUAAGGAAGGCACUACCCUGUCUGGGUGGGACAGUGGAAAGAUUCGAGGAGCUUGGAUCCUGAUGGCAUGCCUCGAGGAGCUGCUGCACCAGCCUUGGACUGCCAACCUCUGGACUUCUUGAUACAUGAGAAGAGUCAACACCCUCUUAUUUAAGCCUCCGUUGGGUUUCUGUUACAUGGUCAAACGUGCUUGCACAGAAACCUCUAAGUGUAUUUCUGAUGAUUUCCUUAGAAUGAAUUGCUAGAAGCAGAAUUGUUGGAUCAAAGUGUUUGAAUAUUUUUAAAGCUUUUGAUGCUUGCUUUCAAAUUGCUUUCUAGAGAGGUUUCUACCAUUUUAUUCAUUGACGAUCUACAAGAGCCCACUUCACCUCAUCCAUGAUAACAGUGCACCAGUCUUGGGCUGGUAUCAGCCUUUUCGUUUUUGUCAACUUGAUGUAUUGAAAAUGGUGUUUAAUAGUUAAAUUUAAUUGGCACUUUCUUUGACUUACCAAGGAGGCCAAACUGUUUUUCAUAUGUUAACAGACUAUUUUGUAUUUCUUUUUAAAUUAACUUUUUGUUCAUUUUCCAUUAACAUAGUCAUAUUUUUCUUACUAAUUUGUAAAUUAUGUAAUCUAUGAGUCUUUUUUCAUUGUGGUGUGUUUCCCAACCUCUGUAUCAGAUAAAGAAUCACCUAUA